UGUCCUCGUAUAGUAUUAUUAUUAGCAGCCCUUCAUUUUUCCGGCUUCUUUUGUUGUUGUUGUUUCUUUUGCGCUGCGACGCUGUCGUUUUCGUCGGUAGGCUACAGCAGGAGCGAGACGAAAUAACAAGGAAAAUCGCUCGAAACGAGACAACAGUCAGCUUGCGUACGACGAAAAGCAACAGAAACGGCAGACAAACAGCCAAUGCUGAUAAUGGUUAUGACGAUGCUGAUGGAGCUAUUGCUAUUAUCGUGGCUGAUUGGCUUCUGCUUCCUGCUGUCUACAAGUGCACAGAAUCUCAGAUCCUCGUGGAUAAACAAUCGUCACUGUUGCGGUGGUAAUAGAGUGAUCAACGCAGACGACACCCCUAUCCAGCAAUCUAUUCGGUGUUAGUGACACAACAACCGCUAGCGACAACAACAUCGUCGCCAGGAAGGAAUAGAACGAACAAUAAUGAAACAAGUUCAUAAAAUUAUUCAUAAUGAAGUCUAAAGGAAAACAGUAAUGAUAACAAGUGGAAUCAUAAGUAACUGGUUUGUGAUACGUGAGAGUGGACAGAAAGAAACCAUGGAUCGCCCACUCGUCUCCGUCGGUGUGCCGAGUCUGUUGCGUGUUUCGCAGUCUAUUUGCUCUGAGGUGUUGUUUUUGUGUAGACUUACACCUAUCUGCUGUGAGCAGCGUGAGCUAUGUCCCUGUAUGUGUGUGUAUUCUUUGGGCAAAAUUAAUCAAUUGCUUACAACGAAUUGUUCAUUCUAUCACAGCGUUGUUUGUUGGUUAAUGGAGGCGAUAACAAAUUGCCACACUCUUUGCAGCUCCCGACUAAAAUGGCCGUAUCAUCAGUAAUCAGGCUGAGUCGUAGGACUGCGCUACGGCUGCCGGUGCUGUGUUAAUAGAUGACGAGGCAUCACGCAGAACAAAAGCGAAAAGGAGCCUGCGUGUCUGGACGCGACUGUCCUUUCGCUAGUGGGACUAGUCAACUCGUUUGUACAAAUGCGUGAACUUAACUUGAUCUAUAGACGCUGGUUACAUCUGCCAUAGUAUCUUCCUAUAGACGUUAUGAUAAGAUGAAAAAGUAACAAAAUGUUGAUUUUGUACUUUAUUCUCGCAAAAAAACUGUCAAAAGAAGGAGAACUGGCAGGAGGUCUCUUUUAUUGACGAUUGCUCAGAUGUUUCGCUUUCCAUGUUUGGCCGAAAAAAGAACAAUGACAUAUGUGGAUGUGGCUUACAGCUCAAUUUAUUAUCUAUUUACUAUUGGCAUAUCCAGUCCCUGGUACUACUAUUUCAUCGUAUUCGUCGUUUUUGCUAAAAUGAUGAGUGUUGUUGUUUCAUGUGUCGUAUGGGCUCCGGCAAUCACUUUGUCUGUAGCUUCCACAGCCACUGCUGAUGCUGUUGUUCGCACAGCUGUUGCUGUUGUUGUCAUUCGGGGGUGAUUCAUUCGCCCACUCUUCCCCCCGCUUGAUGAACGCGCCAGACGAUUUCUAUGCCCACAAUUGCGCGUCUGCUUGUUCGUCCACCUCGAAGCAAAGGACCGUCGUUACACUUUAUCGUCGUUAUUCACUCAGCAUCUUCCUCUAGCUUCAAAUCCCUCUCGUCGCUUAGAGUAGCAACUGCCGGCAGCGUCAUAAUCAUCUCUAAGAGCCCUGAUGGCAGCGGCGACUUCCGCAACGCGCGGCAACGCCAAGAAGACGUCGGGUGGACAGACGGCCAACGAAUGAACGCCUUAUAGCCGCCCUGUAUUUAUUUACCUGUCGUGUUUCUCGUCUCUUAGCUUGUCUGUAAGUCUAUAUGUGUUGUCUGUAGUGGUUGUGCUAGCCGGUGGUUGCGAUAGCGCCAAUGAUAAAUGGUCGGUAAGCGGCGACUAAACCCAGUGGUUAAUCGGAGGGCCGGACGGGCGCAAUGUGCUCUAUAUCUUGCCUAUUGUUUCUGUAUCGACCACUCUCUCGCAUAGAUAAUAGGGGCAAUGACAGUGACACUAUACCACCAAUCGAAUGUGCGGAUAAGCGCCGUCAAUGCUGGAACUUCCGUGUCAACAACAACCCGCAUGAGCCAAUAGGACUAGUGCUAAUGACGCUGCUGUGAUUAACACCAUCUUGAGCAAACCACAGCAACAACGGCAGAAACUCAACCACAGCAGCGACAAUAACACGAAUAUCACCAAAAACAGAAAAGAGGAAGCAAAAGACGAGAAAACAGAAUAUUUCUAUCGAUCACGAUACCGACAACAUCGGGGUCGAUUCGUCGAGGCCGAGCGUCGCGCAGGACUAUCUAUCAUCCUUACAUUAAACAACAGGGAUACCCAAAUCCAUUCAGAUUUACGCGCGUACAGGAUUAGAUACACAUACACAAGUACGGACACAUACACACACACCUAAAAAGGAUAGAUUGUUUACACACUUCCAGUACAUACACGCAUAUUCAUUUACAUUCAAACAGCGAACAGAGUAUAUACGACGCUUGUGAGGAGACACUGCGCUUUUGUGCCGCGUGCCUUGAGACCUGUGCCGCAACGUUUUUUUUCGCGCUAAGAAAGAAAACUAUUUCCUAGCAGAGCGCCUCCAACGCUCGCCUGGCGUUAGCGAGCCUAAGACGAGGCGUUUGUAGGCGUGUGGCGCUUAGACAUUGUGACAGACAGCGACAAACAUCAUUGCUAUACACGUAGACACAACACACGCAGAUUUUAUGAGUAGUUGAGUUUGAUAAGGACGUUUGAGUAGAAGACUUUUUUAGGAGUGUCGCAGCUCGAGUCUCGUGUUGUUUCGGGGCGUGUUCUGACUGGUCGCGCGGCUCAGCGCCAAGUAGAACUAGGCAGCAGAUUGCGCCUGUCAACCAAGGAGAUCCGACUCAAAUAACGAUCUGGCGGAAGGGUCCUCAUUAAAAGUGGGGGCUCACCGAUGAUGUAAUAAUUUAGACCAACAAACUCAUCAUUCAGCUACUUCUACAUAGCUUUGCAUAAUCUGGAACAGGAACUUAUCCACCAAAUACAAUAUUUCGGCCGUGUUUCUCCUUGAUUACGACGACGGCGAAAACGGCAAAAACAAAAGUGAAAUUAUCAGCUACAAAGAAGAAAAACAAAGCAGAUAAUUCCAUUGUAAUAAAACAAGGGGAAAGGGAUAGAAAAAACAGCGAGAAGUAACUACUACGGCCACUGUAGACAAGUUCAUAUACGACACGACCCCCUCCCCGCACAAGAGCUAUCACGUCCACUCUACGAACCCGCUAUAUCAGUUUAUCAACCCAAAUAGAUAUAUCGAUAACGCGUGUCAAAUUAUCAACUUUUGAUCACAAGAACGGCAACAACAUCAACAGUGAAUAAUAAUACAGAUCCACGAUACACUUCACUGUGCCAGCUUAAUCUGCGCUGACAAGACCACAACUAUGGAGAUGCUGAACGGCACUGCAGAAGGCCCGCGAACAGCGGGCGCACCACCAGGGGGAGGCCGCGGUGGUGGGGGUACUGGGUCGAACGGUUCGCAGUCUGCCGCAGGCAACGGAGGGCCAGGUAGCGGAGGCGGAACCAACAAUGGACACGCCCCGUCUGGAUCUCCGGCGUUGACAGCACCUGGAGCCCCAGGUUCGGGGGUUCAGCAUCGAAGCCAAGACGACGCAAUGGUCAGCUAUUUCUUUCAGCGAUCUGAGACCGACUUUCAGUCGUACGCAAAACAUUCACGGUGGGUACUCGGAGAUGGCACCGACGGAAUGGGUACAGGAGGUGCUGGUGGCGACCCAACCGCCGAAUUGGAAAGCGAAUUUCAGGCGUUGGCUCUUGAGACCUCCGCCGGUCCCCAGAUGAUUGGUCCUAGCUCUGCCAAGAAGCUCUGGGCUCUCGACUCAGUGUCUCCUGAGCAGGGCGGGCCUGUAGGAGGUGUCGGCCAGAAACAACUGGCGGAUGAAGCUAGCAAGGGCGCCGGAGGUUGUGGUGGAGGUAUCUUUGUUGAUCAAUGGCGCGAUCCAACGUGGAGCGGUGGCUAUUCGCAACCAACAGGGCCUGCUGGUCCCGAUGGUACACACGGACAACCGCCUGUCCUAAGUCCACGCCUGAGCGAGAAGAUGGUCGAAUACGUUCUUGGCGGCUCGAGUCCGACGGCCAUGGGCCUGAAGAAAGCCAUGGCGGGAAAGGAGCCAGCUGGGGUUAAAAAACAUGGCGUUGGAGUCGCAGUAGGUGUGGCAGGUCAGCUGGCCAAUGGCACACUCACCCAUGACGACUUCGGAACGGCCGGCGACGAAUCUUUGGACAAGAAGACUGCCGGUACCAUAAGAGGAGCCCCUUUUGAUAUGGCGAUGGCCACGGGACCUCAACCGCCAUUGGGUUUUCCGGAUUACGCUGCACAUGCAGCUGGUAUGAAUGGACACAAUCUGAUGAGUGCACUUGAUGCACCAAGUGGGAUGUUGCCAGAUUAUUCGACGGGAGCGCCGAAUGGACCAAAUUCACAACAAGCCCUUGGCUACCUACAUGGUGGCGGGCAGAGACAACAGCAGCAACCUCCACAAGGGACAGGCGGACAUAUGGUGGCUCACAUGAUGGCAGGUCAACAGCCUCCGCCACAUGCGCAUCCUCAAGCACAGUUUCCACCACAUCACCCUGCGCAGCACGGGCAUGCGGGUCAUGCUGGUCACCCGCGGAAUCCAUACAUCACCGCAGCAAUCAAUCAGGACCCGUACGCAACGGCUAUGGGUCUUGUAUCACCCGCUGCUAUGCCACUGCCCGCGCAGUACUACGGAAUGCCACCUUGGGGCAUGUACCAACCGCCUGGACCGAAUCCUGGCCCACCGGGGCCACCCGGACCGCCGGCAGUCGGUGCUGGGGGAACCGGGCCCCACGGUCCACACCCUCAGCACAUGGCGGCCCAGCGGCCGAUCACGCCAGGAGCUGUCAACGGCGAAGGUCCACCAGGUGGUCCGGGCAGUUAUGGUGGGCCUAUGAUGGGCGGUUAUUACGAUAAUGUUAGUAACGUUAUGAUGGGCCGUGGUGUUGGAAUGGCUGGUCCGCCGGGACCGGGUGGACCGCACGGUCACCCACAUGGUCACCCACAUGGACAUCCACAGGCUGGUGUUAGGCUGCUGCAACCGCCAAGUGGUCAUAUGGUGAACAUGGUCAAUGGUCCACGUGGACCUCAUGGCCAUCCUGGCAGCCAGCAGAUGCAGCUUAACCAGGCCGGAGGACAAGGUCAGCCCGGGUCGGGAGGCGACAGCCUGGGUGGUGGCGCCGUAGGUGUAGGCGGACAGUCCGGUGGAGGCAGUUCUUUAUUUUCGGGUGGCGCAGCUGGCGCGUCCGGCCCAUCUUUGGCCGCAAGCGCUCUUGGCAAUUCGCUCAAUCCGAUGGGAAAUCUAAGUAGCGCCUCGUUUGGCAGCAACUUUGGGUCCAACAGCGGGGGUCAAAAUACCUCAGGCAUGGCUGGACUGGGACCAAUCGGUAGCAACCCCAUGGGACCCAUUGGCACCGGGCUGGACUCACAGCAACAACAACACCAUCCUGGUGCUCGAAGAGAGUCGUUUGAUCGAAGGGAUUUUGGUAAUCAGUCGCUUCUGUUCCAGGGAGGACAGCGGUCGUUUGGCGAACCAUUCGGACCAGUGGGGAAGUCGCAGCUUUAUAAUCCACUGGGACUAGUAGGCCCGCCGACGCAAAGCCUUACGCCCCCGCUGUCGGGGCUCAACGGUUCGUCGUCUAACCUCAGCCUAGGACCCACUUUGGCCUCCCGACUUGUGUCAGGUCCCGCUGGGCCUGGCCAGGGCGAUAAAUUUCCCACGAUGCGUAACGGUGGCCUGGGUAUGGCUGGCUUCGGACAGGCAGGAGGUUCAAACCUGUUCCCUUCGCAUAACAGUAGCCAUCCCAAUGUCGGCAUGCAGCGAAAUGGCGUGCUUGAAAAGAACACCGGCCGGUCACGUCUGCUGGAAGAUUUCCGCAACAACCGCUACCCAAACCUUCAGCUGCGUGAUCUGCUCAAUCAUAUCGUCGAGUUCUCGCAGGAUCAGCAUGGCUCACGCUUCAUUCAACAAAAACUCGAACGUGCCACUCUGGCUGAAAAACAGCUCGUAUUUAAUGAGAUCAUCAAUUCGGCCUACUCACUUAUGACGGACGUAUUUGGAAAUUACGUUAUUCAAAAGUUCUUCGAAUUCGGUACUCCCGAGCAAAAACAGGCGUUGGCGGCACGUGUCAAGGGCCACGUUCUUCCACUGGCGUUGCAGAUGUACGGUUGUCGGGUAAUCCAGAAGGCCUUAGAGAGUAUUCCAUCUGAACAGCAGAAGGACAUUGUUAAAGAGCUUGAUGGACAUGUACUCAAAUGCGUCAAAGACCAGAAUGGUAAUCAUGUUGUUCAGAAAUGCAUUGAAUGUGUGGAACCGCUUGCGCUCCAGUUCAUUAUUGACGCGUUCCAGGGUCAAGUGUUUGCAUUGUCAACGCACCCUUAUGGCUGUCGCGUGAUCCAGCGAAUUCUGGAACACUGCACGGCCGACCAGACAUCGCCCAUUCUUGAGGAGCUUCAUCAGCACACGGAACAGCUCGUGCAGGACCAGUAUGGCAAUUACGUGAUUCAGCACGUGCUGGAACACGGUCGUGCCGACGACAAGAACCAAAUCGUCGGAGCGGCUCGCGGCAAGGUGCUUGCCCUCUCUCAGCACAAAUUCGCCUCAAACGUCGUUGAAAAGUGUGUGACGCACGCGUCACGACAGGAUCGUGUCCUUCUCAUCGAAGAGGUUUGCUCAUUCCUCGAUGGCAGUGCCCUCUACACGAUGAUCAAAGACCAAUAUGCUAACUAUGUUGUCCAGCGAAUGAUUGAGGUCGCUGAGCCACCGCAGCGUAAGCUGCUUUUGCAAAAGAUCCGCCCGCAUAUGGCAUCGCUGCGCAAGUACACUUAUGGCAAGCAUAUACUUGGCAAGCUCGAGAAGUACCUCAUGAAGGGCGGACAGGGAGGUCAGGGAGGUGCCGCGGGACUCGGCGCUAUGGACCCGCACAAUACACCGUAAAUAAUUAUACCCGUAGUAGUCGUAGUAGCAAUAGUCGUCGCAAGAAAUCUGCUGUGGACACAAACGGAUUGACAUGGACGGGUGGACAUAGUGAUGAGUGUUGAACAGCGAUGGCACCGGCAAUGGAGGUUAGAAAUGAAGAUCAAACCCUACGAAGUGAGAGGCGAAGCUAGAGGUGAGGCAGCUGGUUACAUCAAUACGGAGACAGCGAUAUAGAAUUACUAAUUAUAUGGACGAUUUAUAGUUGGUUGACCCUGGAUCGUGGCAGAGCAGAACAUGUAUGGAGCAUCACGAGUGCGUGAGAUGGCAACAAAAAGAAAAGGUUAAAUGAUGAAGAUGAAAAUCAAACGACUACGAUAUGAUCGACACGGACAACUAUAUAGAAUGUACCGAUAGGUUGCGACGCCUAUAGAAAUCUAGGCAAACACACCAUUAACAAAACUACCACAACAAUAGCAUCAAACAGAAAAGCCUCAGCUUAAAAACGCAAAAAUAACUUAUUGUCACCAAUACAACUGAGCUACAUAUUGAAUUGAAUGAUAAACUGACACACAUAAGAACACAUGAUCAUUACAUAUAAGAAAUAAAUUCGGUGAGGCAACAGCAUUAGAGGAACAGAUCCACAAGCAGCAGAUCCGUAGCAGUUUAACGAAUGCAAACAACACGAAGCUGCAAACAAACACUGUAUCGUACAUACGUUAUUAUUAUUACAGAAGGGAAUAAGAGGUUUAGUAGCUACACGACGCACACAUUCACUUGAAUACAGGGCGAGAUGUUGUAAUUUAACAAUGAUAAUUGAUUAUGAUAAUGGUUUUGCGGAAAAAAAAAAGAACAGAUUACUGUCGAAGACAUGUAGACAAUUGUAUGCGAGUAGGAGAAAUACAAUGGGGUGUCUGCGUUGAACAUAUGGGAAGAUGAAAUUCUACUCACUUCAGUUUAUUGAUGACGCUGCUAACGGUUGCUGCAAAAGAUUAAUAGUAAGGGCUAAAGAAUGGAAAUAUUCAUGUUAUUUCAUACGAAUGGAACUCCUAGGACUGAUGUAAUGGGAGGAUCCAAAUGGAUCGAUCUUACAGGAGUUGAGCGCCGCUCCACGAUUAGCUGACUUGGCGCAUUUCGCCAUGUUAACGAUAACGAAUAGGAGGGUCGAAUGGGGGCAUCUUAUAAUUAGUAGCAGCAUUAUUAGGUGAGAAAACGAUGAAUGUUAAGAACGUGAAAACUUAAUUUUUCGCGAAAGUUGCAGGAGGAACCACUACACUUUUGCAAGUAGCAAAAGUAGGUUUUGAAUAGAUUAACUAUGGGGGUCUGCUUGAAGCCCGAGAAAAUGCACUUAAUUCGCUAGAUGAGUCUAGAUCGAGAGCACGAAACAACAUGCAUGAUCAGUAAUAUUUGAAACAUUAUGGAAUGUUAGCUUAUUUUCGGGGGGAUAAGGUUUCAAGAAUAGUCAACUGAUUUCAGAGAACGGGUAAAAGAACGCUCCUAAUAGACCGACGCAAAUAACAAAUAUAAACGACGAAAAGGAAUACAGUGUAGAACCGCAGAAUAGAUCAGCGUGAAGUUAUAUCAUUGGGAGCCAAAGAGGUUAAAUGGGAAAGGUGUCUUCCCUGGGAAAUUAGUAGCUUUUUACCGAAAAGGACGUAACAGAUUACACGACAAUAAGUGAGGAAAAAAAUCUUUGAUUUAAGGUCGUCGCGAGGUACAAGAAAGCUGGGAAGAGCCCUAAUUAAGAAAACAUGUUAAUUCCUACUAUUUACAUGCUAACAUGUUCUUACAUGUUAACUAUGGCUAUUUGUAUUUAGCAUAAACAAAAAAAAACAAUAGAUCCACACGAAAAUAUAACUGAUGGAUAUACAGGAGGAUUGACCCACCGCGUAUCACAUGCACUGCUCUCCCAAAAUACCUUCACCCCCCUCGCUUGCUUCCCAAUAAUGAUUUUUCAAUUAAUAGAUCACGCGAUUGAUGUCAAAUGAUUGGUUGGUUCGAAUCAUUGGUUCCGAGCAUCGACUUACGAAAAUCGACGAAAGCAGAUGAACAAAAGGAAUUAGCUCUCGUUUUGUACCGGACUCCUCAGAUGACAGCGGGCGUAAUGUGAUUUCGUGACGAUAUAGCGUUUCUUUGGCGAAUAGACCGAAAAAAAUGUGGAUUUUGGAUAGCGCAUGACGCGUGUGAUGAUGAAUGUUAAUGAUGAAUGUGUAACGUCAUGGUAAUAAUAACAGUAAUAAGAUUAAUACUGGAUAAUAAGCAAACAAUACAUAAUACUGUGUCUCGUUGUCUCGUGCUGCCCCAACGACAACCGCGCCCAGAUGCGGCAACACAUUGGCUAUUUGCCGACGCAGCGACCCAGAAGGCCCAGCAACGAGAGCGACCGUAAGAAUACGAAGUUGUCCCCCGCAGGCGCAAAAUGAUUGAAAGAAAGCUUAGAACGAGUCGGAAAAGACAGUUAAUUUCUGUCAACUUAUAUUAUGAAAAAUAUGAAGGAAAACCCGGUUUGUCGUCGAAUAUGUUUGUCACAACCUCUGUCAUGCAUAGAGACCGCUUGGUGAUUAUUAUAUAUAUAUAUGGCGACAUCCGUUCCAACAAACGAACAGUGAUGACGGAUAACACCGCUUGGCGACAAUACCAGCAAAAAGCAAAUACGAUAUGUGACAACGUACAACAGCAUGGAGAACGAACGAGAUAUAGUAACUAAUAUGGUAAAUAAUAAUGAAACGGUUGAUGAUGAUUAUACUGAAGUGAUAUGGAUCGACGAAAAAUGCCAACGAUACCUAUAACGAAGGAAUACACAAUAUUCUAGACAACAGUAAUACUAAGUAAUAACUGCCAAGGUUAAAAAGCAUAACGCCUGGAUUUGCUGGAGAACAGCUCUGGCACGCGCACAGAUAAAUAUAACAUCAGUUUCAUUAUUAUCAACGAUAACGGAACAUCAGCAGAAACAGCCUAAAUAACAAUAACUACCCCCCAUUGCGAGCUCGUCAAGGGAACAUGGCGUACCUAUUGAGCUCUAGAUGUUGCACAGAACAGUUAUUACUUGUAGCAGUGACGCCGCACUGCUGUUUAAAUACUACACUGCUAUUAGUACGCGUACAGAUUACAUUAUAGAUUUUGUCACUAUAUGCCCUUUCCUGUGCUGUUAUGUAAGUACAUAAGAAAAUCUUGUAUUUCUUUACUUGAUAAUUAUUACAAUGAUAUAUCAUUGUUAUUAUUACUGAAUGAGAUAAUCUAAGGAUCGUGGCCUCCACAUGCGCAUCGUACAGAAACUGACACACAAACACGUAGAACAUUCAAGGACAUCUACAAAGCUAUGGGUAAAGCGUACUAGACAAAAUGUGUCCACACUGAAACAUAAUUAUGCAAUCAAGCCACAGACAAACAAAAGGCCGCACAGAUACGAUAUCCAAAACACAGGCUUACAGAUGUCGAAGAUGUAAAUAACCGAAACAAUCCCACACUCACGAUGAAAACAUCAUCAUGAAGCGGGGAUAACGGAAAAAAAAGAAACAUUUAUUUCAACAAACAGAUCGCCAUUGAAUCAUGUUAACAUAAAUUCAGUUGGUUGACAAUUCUGUUAUCUAAUGACAGUAAGUUAUUGUCGAAAAUUAACAUUAUCAAAGGGCCUAUAGUAAUAUUCGCCGUUAAGCACGGGACAGUGCCGAAAUUUCUAAUUUUAAUUUAUUUUUUACCUCAUCAAAACAACACAUUGAUCGUUCAGUUUAUCGAUUGAUCAUCGGCCUUUGCAACCUCGAUAUCGAAUCAACUCGAUUGUGAUAUAGAAAAAACAUCAUGAAUAUAUGUAUGAAUUUUGAGUUAGUUUCCAAGAUGAUCUGUUUCGAGUCGAUUUGGACAAUGCCUGUGUUUGCCGAUUCGUCAUUUUCGAUCGAUAAUCGGUGACCAUCAAUGGAUGGACUGAUUGAUUAACGUCUUUUUUUCCUAUCAAUGUUACAAGCGUUUAUGCGUAGUUACGCACGAAAAGUAUUUCAAUGAAUCAAUGGCUUUCGAUUUGGUUCGCAUACCAUUAGUACAGAACAGUGCGUCCUUCGCUUCCAUGCAGCCCGCCCCGGUUCAACUGAAUUAGAGAGCGAGAGAGAGAGAGAGCGAGAGCGAGAGAGAGAGCGCGCGCGCGCGCGUAGAGAGGGAG